AAAGUGUUAGWUAACUGACAAACAAAUUAUUAGUCAAUUGAAUAGCAAUUGUAUUACAAAUUAAAACAAUUUAUUGAAUGAAUGUAUUGAAUGAAUGAUGACAUCAAUGGUUGUGACAAUUGAUGACAUUUUGGAUCAAUUGUGGAGUGAAAACAAACGACUACUCAAAGAGUUAUUGUUUGCCAACAAAUGUCUGAAUAUUUUGGAUAAAUUGAAAUCAGAAUUGAAUUUGAUUUACAAGAAGUUUGAGACACAACUGAACACUGAAGACAAGUUCAACCAAUUGAGACAUCAAUUGAAUUAUAUUUGCGAUCAAAGACGAGAUAAAAAUUUUAAUCAAUUAACUGAUUUGUGGCCACAAAAUGGGAUCCAAUUGAUAGAUAAAGUUUAUGAAGAAGACAGUCAUGUCGUGGAUAUUAAAACAGAAGACAUUAGUGACAGUAGAGAGCAAUUAUUUAGUCCGUCGAUAGGUUUAUGUAAUUCAGAUGAUAUUAAAACAGAAGAUAACCAAACAUUUGGUGAUAAUUAUCAUAAAGUUGUUGAAAAAGUAGUAUAUGAAAGCCUGACAUCGACAACAACAACAACAACGACUGCUAAAAGACAUAAAUGUCCCGAAAAUGGUUGUCAAAAGUCAUUCAAAUAUUUCAAAUCACUUGUCAAACACCAGUCACGAUGCAAAGGCAAUGUGACCACCGAUGUCGGUAACAAUGGCCACCAAUUUUCUACCAACGAGWCUUCCACAWCAACAACAACAAUAAGUGAUGAUAAGUUGUUGACACAAAACAGCAUUGAUGUAACCGCUUUGGAUGAGAAACCUAUUGCCUGUCUUUACACUGACUGUCUGUUUAGGUGUCAGACAGAUGCAGAUCUUCGGCAACAUUUGGCUGUUWGUCACUUAGCCGAUGACGAAGACAAGCCGUUUGUCUGCGAUCACAUUGGAUGCCAUCGAGCKUUCAAAUCAGAGCCGUCACUACUAAGACACAAAUGUAGUCACAAAAACGUUGCAAAGAUUGUCUGCAAGUUUGAUGAUUGURRYCAACGAUUUAAGACACAAUUAGCUCUGAAAGUUCAUUCGGCAAAACACAAGCAAAAUUCGGGUAAAAAAUCUCGUACGCAAAAGGCUAACCAAAGUGGUCGACAUAAUCGGAUAGCGGCUGACAAUUCCGCACCGAAAGCUAAGAAACAAUCGGUUGGCGGACCGAAGAAACGAAUCCGUAAAUUUGACAAAAUCUGCGACUUUGCCGACUGCGACAAAGCCUAUCAACUGUACUGCGAUCUGAAGAAUCAUCAGAUGGCCAUUCACGGCAAAAAGUUUAACAAUUCAAUCAAAUGCGAUUACGACGGUUGCGAUUUUGAAUGUUUCGGUACCAGUCGUCUCAAACAGCACGAGAGGAAGCAUUCAGUUGAACGACAAUUCAUUUGUACACACGAUGACUGUCGUCGGGCACUCAAAACAAAACAAGCAUUGGAUAUGCAUUUGAGAACACAUAUCGAUACCGGUGUUGUCGUUUGCGAUGUCUGUCACCGACCGUUCAAAGAUCCCCGAUCAUUGAAACGACAUAUUGCUCAACACAAAAGUGAACCUACACUCCGGUGUCCAGUCAAACGGUGUACCGAAAAGUUCUAUACGAACAGCGAGAUUGUCAAACACCGUAUCGAUGUCCAUAAUUACAAACGUGUCUACAAUCGGGUACAGGUCGGGUGCGAUUGGCCCGGUUGCGAGUGGAUUGGCAUACAUUUCAAACUGCAUCGGAGCACCCAUACGGGUGUAAAACCGUUUGCCUGUCAUUGGCCACAGUGUAACAAACGGUUUCGUUUGGCGACAUUUCUCAAAGAUCAUCUGAACAUUCAUAAUAACUUGAAGCCGCACGCUUGCCGGUGGCCAGGUUGUGAGUACCGAUCAGCAAACAAUGCUAAUAUGAUUAAACAUAUGAAACAAGUGCACCAAAAAGCGGUYCAACCAUAAAAAACAAAAAAUAUUUAUAARUAMUU